CUAGCGGGCUUGAUAACCCCUGCGCCCUGGCUGGGAGGCCGCGCUGAGCGGGGGGCAGGGCGGGCCGGGGGAGGAGGCUGUGCAAGGGCCGCGGGGAGAUCCCGGCCGAGAACGAGAGGGACGGAGCUGGGCGCUGAAUGGCGGGCGUUCUGGCAAGUCUCCCCCUGCGUUCCCGAGGCCACCCGAAAGUAGGAGAGCUGUUUGGGACCCAGUUUGGUGGAGGAGCUCUGGACCUGUAGGAACACCACCCCUGUACGUUUCCUGCAGUGCCCCCUCCUUUUCUCAUUGCCCUGGAGACCUGGGUGAUCACCGGAGAACUGCCCUCGGCCCCGCAAGUCCCGUCUAGACUCAGUGGCCCUAGAUCCGAGGUUAAACCGGAACCUAGGCUUUCUCAGGCUUCUGGAGCCCUCUCUUAACCCUUCCCCAGCCCCUGGGACGGGCCAGCACCCAGCCAGCUCCUCCGCUGGUUGGCCCUGCUAAGGCAGGUGGCCCAAUGCAGCCAGUUCUCCUUAAGCGUGCCCUGCUCAAGAAACCCCCAUCUCAGUGGAGGAGACCAGGUGCCAAAUAGGGGCACAUUCCAUUUAAGCGAGUUCAGAGGCCUCAGAAAAGACUUCCCAGGGACGGAGACUUUUGAGCAGGAUCUUAAAAGAUUGGUUGGGGCCCGAGUGGUGGCUCGCGCCUGCAGUCCCCGCACUUUGGGAGGCCAAGGCGGGCGGAUCACUUGAGCCCAGGAGUUCGAGACCACCCUGGGCAACAAUGGUGAAAACCCCGUCUCUACAAAAACCAAAACCAAAAAUUAGCCAGGUGUGGUGGCACACCACUUUAGUCCUAGCUACUCAGGAGGCUGAAGCAGGAGGAUGGCUUGAGCCCAGGAGGUAGAGGUUGCUGUGAGCUGAGAUCAUACCACUGCACUCCAGCCUGGGCAACAGAGCGAGAGACCCUGUCUCAGGAAAAAAAAAAAAAAAAAAAAAAAAGAUUGGUUGGGACUCUAACAGAGGAGAAAGGUCAUUCCAAACUGAGAAGAGUGUAUGAACAAAUUGAAGACAGCAAGAGCAAGAAUCCGGACAGAAGUCGGUCCUAGGCCCCCCAGGCUCUGACCUUCUUUCCCAGGAUGAGGUGGGGCCACCAUUUGCCCAGGGCCUCUUGGGGCUCUGGUUUUAGAAGAGCACUCCAGCGACCAGAUGAUCGUAUCCCCUUCCUGAUCCACUGGAGUUGGCCCCUUCAAGGGGAGCAUCCCUUUGGGCCCCCUAGGGCCUUUAUACGCCACCACGGAAGCUCGGCAGAUAGUGCUCCCCCAUCCGGGAGGCAUGGACGGCUGUUCCCCAGCGCCUCUGCAACUGAAGCUAUACAGCGGCACCGCCGGAACCUGGCUGAGUGGUUCAGCCGGCUGCCCAGGGAGGAGCGCCAGUUUGGCCCGACCUUUGCCCUAGACACGGUCCACGUUGACCCUGUGAUCCGCGAGAGUACCCCUGAUGAGCUACUUCGCCCACCCGCGGAGCUGGCCCUGGAGCAUCAGCCACCCCAGGCCGGGCUCCCCCAACUGGCCCUGUCUCAGCUCUUUAACCUGGAUGCCUGUGGGCGCCGGGUGCAGACAGUGGUGCUGUAUGGGACAGUGGGCACAGGCAAGAGCACGCUGGUGCGCAAGAUGGUUCUGGACUGGUGUUAUGGGCGGCUGCCGGCCUUCGAGCUGCUCAUCCCCUUCUCCUGUGAGGACCUGUCAUCCCUGGGCCCUGCCCCAGCCUCCCUGUGCCAACUUGUGGCCCAGCGCUACACGCCCCUGAAGGAGGUUCUGCCCCUGAUGGCUGCUGCUGGGUCCCACCUCCUCUUUGUGCUCCAUGGCUUAGAGCAUCUCAACCUUGACUUCCGGCUGGCAGGCACGGGACUUUGUAGUGACCCGGAGGAACCGCAGGAACCAGCUGCUAUCAUCGUCAACCUGCUGCGCAAAUACAUGCUGCCUCAGGCCAGCAUUCUGGUGACCACUCGGCCCUCUGCCAUUGGCCGUAUCCCCAGCAAGUACGUGGGCCGCUAUGGUGAGAUCUGUGGUUUCUCUGAUACCAACCUGCAGAAGCUCUACUUCCAGCUCCGCCUCAACCAGCCGGACUGCGGGUAUGCCGUUGGCGGUUCAGGUGUCUCUGCCACACCAGCUCAGCGUGACCACCUGGUGCAGAUGCUCUCCCGGAACCUGGAGGGGCACCACCAGAUAGCCGCUGCCUGCUUCCUGCCGUCCUAUUGCUGGCUCGUUUGUGCCACCUUGCACUUCCUGCAUGCCCCCACGCCUGCUGGGCAGACCCUUACAAGCAUCUAUACCAGCUUCCUGCGCCUCAACUUCAGCGGGGAAACCCUGGACAGCACUGACCCCUCCAAUUUGUCCCUGAUGGCCUAUGCAGCCCGAACCAUGGGCAAGUUGGCCUAUGAGGGGGUGUCCUCCCGCAAGACCUACUUCUCUGAAGAGGAUGUCUGUGGCUGCCUGGAGGCUGGCAUCAGGACGGAGGAGGAGUUUCAGCUGCUGCACAUCUUCCGCCGGGAUGCCCUGAGGUUUUUCCUGGCCCCAUGUGUGGAGCCAGGGCGUGCAGGCACCUUCGUGUUCACCGUGCCCGCCAUGCAGGAAUACCUGGCUGCCCUCUACAUUGUGCUGGGUUUGCGCAAGACGACCCUGCAAAAGGUGGGCAAGGAAGUGGCUGAGCUCGUGGGCCGUGUUGGGGAGGACGUCAGCCUGGUACUGGGCAUCAUGGCCAAGCUGCUGCCUCUGCGGGCUCUGCCUCUGCUCUUCAACCUGAUCAAGGUGGUUCCACGAGUGUUUGGACGCAUGGUGGGUAAAAGCCGGGAGGCGGUGGCUCAGGCCAUGGUGCUGGAGAUGUUUCGAGAGGAGGACUACUACAACGAUGAUGUUCUGGACCAGAUGGGCGCCAGUAUCCUGGGUGUGGAGGGCCCCCGGCGCCACCCAGAUGAGCCCCCUGAGGAUGAAGUCUUCGAGCUCUUCCCCAUGUUCAUGGGGGGGCUUCUCUCUGCCCACAACCGAGCUGUGCUAGCUCAGCUUGGCUGCCCCAUCAAGAACCUGGAUGCCCUGGAGAAUGCCCAGGCCAUCAAGAAGAAGCUGGGCAAGCUGGGCCGGCAGGCGCUGCCCCCCUCAGAGCUCCUUGACCACCUCUUCUUCCACUAUGAGUUCCAGAACCAGCGCUUCUCCGCUGAGGUGCUCAGCUCCCUGCGUCAGCUCAACCUGGCAGGUGUGCGCAUGACACCCGUCAAGUGCACAGUGGUGGCGGCUGUGCUGGGCAGCGGAAGGCAUGCCCUGGAUGAGGUGAACUUGGCCUCCUGCCAGCUAGAUCCUGCUGGGCUGCACACACUCAUGCCUGUCUUCCUGCGUGCCCGGAAGCUGGGCUUGCAACUCAACAGCCUGGGCCCUGAGGCCUGCAAGGACCUCCGAGACCUGUUGCUGCAUGACCAGUGCCAAAUUACCACACUGCGGCUGUCCAACAACCCGCUGACGGCGGCAGGUGUUGCCGUGCUAAUGGAGGGGCUGGCAGGAAACACCUCAGUGACGCACCUGUCCCUGCUGCACACGGGCCUUGGGGACGAAGGCCUGGAGCUGCUGGCUGCCCAGCUGGACCGCAACCGGCAGCUGCAGGAGCUGAACGUGGCUUACAACGGUGCUGGUGACACAGCGGCCCUGGCCCUGGCCAGAGCUGCCCGGGAGCACCCUUCCCUGGAACUGCUACAAGCUCUACUGAAUGGCAUCGACUUUCUCUCUCCUGCCAGCCUCUACUUCAAUGAGCUGAGCUCAGAGGGCCGCCAGGUCUUGCGAGACUUGGGGGGUGCUGCUGAAGGUGGUGCCCGGGUGGUGGUGUCACUGACAGAGGGGACGGCGGUGUCGGAAUACUGGUCAGUGAUCCUCAGUGAAGUCCAGCGGAACCUCAAUAGCUGGGAUCGGGCCCGGGUUCAGCGACACCUUGAGCUCCUCCUGCGGGAUCUGGAAGAUAGCCGGGGUGCCACCCUUAAUCCUUGGCGCAAGGCCCAGCUGCUGCGAGUGGAGGGCGAGGUCAGGGCCCUCCUGGAGCAGCUGGGAAGCUCUGGAAGCUGAGACACUGGCGGCAGGCACCUAGCUAUGUGACCACUGGCCCUAAACCUUUUCCCUCUGUGGCCUCCUGGCUUGCACUGCUCCCUCUAGAAAGAUUCCUUCAGGUCUGGAGGCAGAGGAAUGGGCACAGCUGAGCCAGUUGCCCUCCUAGGGCAUGUUUGACCAGGACUGAGUCUGGAAUCUCCAAGUUAAAGAUGGUGAAUUGAUGCUUCGGGCUUGGAGAUGGAACGUGCCUCCUCUCCAUUCAGCUAGAAGGACCAAAGCAUGUGGCAUUUGGAUGGCCAGAGUGCCCUGAAGCACCACUACCAACCUUGCCUCCCCCUCCUCUCAAAGAGCCUCUGAUUGUGCCACCAAUGGGCUCACAUCUUAUGUCUGCCAUGCCAGGGGUGUCGCCAUCCAGAUGUGUUGGAAGCUUCCCCUCCUGCCUUAUGCUCACCUGUGGACACUGAGGAUGCCCUCACAUUGGUGCUUUCUCCUCAUCCUCAUGCCCCCUUUGCCACAAUGGUAUGAUGGCUUGGUAGCCCCUCAAGGCAGAUGCACCUGACUUGCUGCUAUUAAAAAGCCGUGUGCCUUCUACCAA